UUUGCCACCGUUUCGAAUCUGAGAUUUGUUGAAGCUUCGAUCGAUUCUGGUUCUAGGGUUUUUCUCUGUCGGCGAGUCGAGCGAUACCAACCAUUGAUGGCUCCUCUUCCGGGACUUUACUCCGGCACCAGCACUCUUGCUCUGGUGGCUCGUACUUCGGCUUUCGGGUUGGGUCUCAUCUACGGGAAUGUGAAGCUCAAGGUUUUGAAGAUUAAGACGAAGUCACAGAAGAAAGCCGAAGCCAAGGCUCAUCAUUAAACCGCCCUUCUUCCGUUGGAAUAAAUCUCUACGUGCAGAUGUUGAUUCUUCUGAAGCUCUUCUGGUGAAAUUUCUUGAUUCUCUUUUGCCCAUGGUUUAGGCACGAGUCAUAACCUCUAUGUGGUGCAGUCCAAUAACACCAUAUGCAUGAUGAUUGACGAAACAUAGGCAUCUGUAAUUUUAACCCAGAUGCAUGAUGAAUCUUAGGAUCAUAUUGCUCCCAUGUUUAUGAUAUGUUGAUGUCAUUCUGCUUC